AUUCGACCCUCCAGCCUCCCCGACGAACAGAGAAGCCGCACCAUGAACUUCACCGAGGGCUGCGAGGCGACGGGACGGCGGCCGGGGAGCGCCGGGAGCCGCCGCCGGAGAGCGCCCCGUCCCGGCCCCGUCGCGCUGCUGCCGCUGCUGCUGCCGCUGCUGCUGCCGCCCGCCGCCGCCGUCCCGCUGCCCGCCGCCGCGGACUCGUCCGGAGAGGUUGGGCUGGAGGAGGAGGCGGGGGCGCGGCGGGCGCUGCUCGACUGCGAGCCGCUGGCCCGGGUGCUGCGCGACCGCGCCGUCCAGCUGCAGGACGAGAUGUGCAAGAAGUUCACCGUGUGCGAGAACAGCAUGGAGAUGCUCGUCCGGAACAACCUCAACCUGCCCAAGGUGACGGAGGAGGACGGCUGCCUGCUCGCCGGCUUCGACGAGGAGAAAUGCCUGACGAAGCUCUCCAGCGGCCUGUUCGCCUUUCAGACCUACCUGGAAUUCAUUCAAGAGACUUUCGAUAGCGAAAAGCAGAACGUCGAGUCUCUGUGCUACAGCACAAAGCACCUGGCGGCCACGAUCCGGCAGAUGGUGAUAAAUCCCGAUGAAGUGGUCAUCCCAGACUCGGCCGCCCAGAAAUCCCUCCUCGCCAAUCUGAAGUCAGAUAAGGACUGGAUAGAGAAAAUCACCAUGCACCUCAUCCUCCGAGACUUUACUUCGUUUAUGGAGAAGACCGUGAGGGCCGUUCGCUAUUUGAAAAAGACCAGGAGUUUCAGUGCCUGAAUGUUUUAGUUCGGGCACAAUCCUCUGUUACCAAUCUGCCACAUGGCAGAUGGCAGUGUUGUUCCGUUUCAGGAACCAGAGAGUAACAAUGGUUUGCAUUUAUAGGCAUUCUCAUUUCCUUCUAGGAACCUAUUUAUUGUAUUUAAAAUAUUUAUUCUUUUCUAAUGUUUUCUAUUUAUAUUAAAUAUUUUCAGUAUUUAGAAAUAACUUAAGCAAAACACCUGUUACAUUUCUUACGGUACUAUUCAGAAUAUCAACUUAUUUAUUACGUAGUCAACGCCAAAGAAAAUGUCCAGCAGCCAGACUGUUGUAUAACUUAUGCUUUUAAAAUAUUUGAGAGAUAUUGUAUUUUUAUCUAUUUAUAUUUUUAAAACAAAUAAAAGCUCACUGGAGAAAAAAAACAAAACCAACUUGUCUAAGCUGUGUGAACUUUAAAUAAGGCUGAAGAACUCCACUGUAUCCAGUCUUUAAUGCCUGGAAUUAUCAAAGUAACCCUUUAAAAUAAUUCAAUCACUGUAAUUAAAUCAACUAUCUAUGAAGGCCGCUCCGAAAGUAAUACCUCCUAUUUCAUUACGUCAGUCUGCUAUGUCAGAGGCGAAUGUUGGUGGAAUGGCAGCAGAGGUUGAACCUUCCCACCAAUAUCCCAUUAUGUGUUGUUACCGUGUGACAGAUGGCAGCAGAGGGACAGUCUGACAGAACGGUGUCCAACAUGGAAGUGCGGAUGAGGCAAAGGUGUAACACUGAAUCCCCCCAUGUGGUAAGAAUGGCACCCAUUGACAUUCAUCAACACCUGCUGAAUGUUUGUGGAGACCAAACAGUGGAUGUGAGCACAGUGAGGCAGUGGGUGAUGUGUUUCAGCAAUGGCAACAGCAAUGCGAAAGACAAACCAUGGUGUGGAUGGCCAUGCACAGCUGCCAUGCUACAAAAUGAAGAGCAUCUUGAUCAACUUAUCCACCUGUAUUGGCUAAUAAUGGUGGUGACUAUGUUGAAAUACGACGCUUGUUGCUAUGAAUUUGCUCUAUGAAAUAGUGUUAUUGUGCUCUUUGUUGUAGUUUCCACAGAAAUAAAUGGAAGACAUUACUUUCAGAGUGACC